AUGGAUUUUGCAGAACGGGUCUGUGUCAUCGAUGUGGGUCCGUGGAUGAUGUCUGUUUGCGUUUCUUCCGCUGGCGAAGUGCAGAGGUGGCACAUAGCGGUUUCCCGAGAUGCGGCAUUGACAUUGACGGCUGCCGAGCUGCUUGUACCCGGCGGACGACACUCUGUUGCGUUGGAUAGCCUUCUCCACAUGGCAGUAUCGAUUGGGCGACUCGCCACCGUGGCGCAGGUGGUCGUUCUGUCGCGAAGGUGGGUGCAACCGCUUUUUUACACGUACGUGCUGCGCUGGCUCUGCAUGGUGGUUCCUUCUACCGCUGCUGUCUCCCAGGUGCCGCAGGCACUUUUUGCUGUUCAAAGCGCCGGUGUGAAGAGUGCCCUUGUCGUGCAAUGCGAUAAUGGGGUCCUCUUUGCCACCCCCGUGCUGGACGGUGUCAUUGCUUUCGAGCUGGAGUCUGUAUGGGGCGACCUGGGCACCUCUGUCACAGUCGGUGCUCCGCUGGUGGGGGGCUGCUUCAGGGAGGUUGGAGUCCGUCUGAUAGAAUUCAUGCAGCGGAAUGACCAACAUGCGCACUGUAAAGGUCAUUAUCAGGCAACCUGCUCAGGCACACCGCAGCCAACGUUGUUUACGUCUGCAGAAGAUCUGUUUUUCGCGGUGGAGCAGCACAUUGCCGCGUGCCGAAAGCGGGAGCUUCAGGCCUGUGUUAAAACCGUGGUGUUGUGCGGCGAUGAAGUCAUUGCUCCGGCAGCCCGGCAGCUGAUCGCCGUGCUGCUGUCUGCGUCGCUUCCUGACAGCCUGUUGAUGUGGGUAUAA